AUGAAGAUCACCGCUCUCCUCACUGCUGCCCUUGUUGGCGCUGUCUCGGCCGCCGACACGCUGUACCUCGUAAACUCCUGGAAAGGUAACGAGAUCUCCAGCGGAAUGGCAUACUAUGCCGACGGACACGACGCAACAGGCGGAACUGGAGGCUCUCGUCCCGAUGACUACGUCGAUGUCACCCACGGAAGCCACAUCAUCUGGGAAGGCCAAGCUGUAAAGGGUACUUUUGGCACCGGUGUGUCUUUCACAUCAAAUAUCUUUGCGGAUGCAGCCAGCAAGCAUGAUAAUGCAUGGGCUGGCACGGGCACCAACGGAUACCAUACGUAUAACUGCUGGAAGCGUACCGGAGCUGUUGGAAAGCCUAUCGUUUUGUAUACCGUUGAUGGCUGGACUGUUGAGACCGUUUACUACUGCCGGCCGUUUAACUAG